GUCAUAUUAAAUACAGCGCGCCGCUCUUCCGUCGUCAGUCAUUAUUCAGCCGCUCUGCAGUUUAGUUCUCGUCAUAGUCACGUCACGCCAUGCCGCUCAGAUCCAAGACCCAGGGAAGCUGGAAUUGCCAGUCAGUCCAGCAAACUACCCAGCAAGUCAAAGCACCCUCAUGCAUCAAGACUAAAAAACCUGAUGAAGGCUCUCAAGAUUCCAAGAAAACUGAGGAGCCAGAUUUUCCAUCUAAAAAAUUUCCAUCCCCACCAAGUCACCAGCAGGUCCCCGCUGAGUCACCAGUACACCAAGGUGGUCAGCAGGACGUCAGCAAGGGAUGUGUAUGCAGCAAGGGUAGCAAGGACAGCUGGAGUACUCGUAGUCAGUCAUCCCAGCAAGCUACACAUACUGAAGCAUUCUCAUACAUCAAGACUAAAAAAAUAGUUGAGGUCUCUCAAGCUUCCAAGAUAAUCGAGGAACCAGAUCUUCCAUCACAAAUAUACCCGCGUAUGCAAAGUCACCACCCCGGCAAGCAGGUCCUCGAUGCGUCACCAGUAGGUCAAGGCGGUCAGCAGCAAGUCAGCCAGGAAAGUGUAUGCAGCAAAGGUAGCUGGAGUAGUCAGUCAUCCCAGCAAGAUACAAAAGUUGAACCACCCUCAUGCAUCAAGAAACCAGUACACCUAGGCGGUCAACACCAAGUCAUCCAGGGAUGUGUAUGCAGUAAGGGUAGCAAGGACGGCUCGGGUAGUCAGUCAUCUCAUCAAACUAUGAAAGCUGAGCCACCUCCAUACGUCAAGACAGCAGUACGCCAAGGCGGUGAGCAGCAGGUCAGCCAAGGAAGUGUAUGUAGCAAGGGUAGCUCGAGUAGCCAGUCAUCCCAGCAACCUACAAAAGCUGAGCCACCCUCAUGCAUCAAGACACCAGCAGUACCCCAAGGUAGUAGCAAGGGAAGUGUAUGCAUCAAGAGUAGCAAGGACAGCUGGAGUAGUCAGUCAUCCCAGCAAGCUACAAAAGCUGACCAACCCUCAUGCAUUAAGACUCAAAAACCAGUUGAAGUUUCUCCAGCAUCUAGGAAAACUGAGGAGCCAGAUGUUCCAUCUGAAAAAUUCCCGUUCCCGCCAAGUGACCAGCAGGUCCCCGCUGCGUCACCAGUAUAUGAAGGCGGUCAGCAGGACGUCAGCAAGGGGUGUGCAUGCAUCAAGGGAAGCAAGGGCAGCUGGAGUAGUCAGUCAUCCCAGCAAGUUGAAGCACCUUCAUACAUCAAGAUUGAACAAGGUGAUGAUGAAGCCUCUCAAGCUUCUAAGAAAAUCGAGGAACCAGGUUUUCCACCUAAAAGAUUCCCGCCUCCGCCAAGUCACCAGCAGGUCCCCGCUGCGUCACCAGUACACCAAGGCGGUCAGCAGGACGUCAGCACUACGCCAUCAGCACGUCAUGGAACGGAGACCCCAACUGUGAACCCCCUUGCUCACUGUGACCCGAGCAGUGAUGCCUCGGUGCUGCGGAAGGCCAUGAAGGGGUUCGGCACGGAUGAGGCUGCCAUCAUUGGGGUGCUGUCUCACCGGAGCUCCGACCAGCGCCAGCAGAUCUUGCUCAAAUACCAGCAGGGUUAUGGCAGGGACACGGAUGGAGCAGGGGCAGAGAAAGGCCUCACUGGGGAUUUGGUAAAGGAUCUGAAGAGUGAGCUGAGUGGGAAGUUCGAAGAAGCCAUUCUGGCUCUGAUGACACCGCUGCCGUUGUACUUGGCCCAGGAGGUGCACCAUGCCAUACAGGGCAUUGGCACCAACGAACGCACUCUGGUGGAGGUCUUGUGCACGCGUGACAACCAGUCCCUCAUGGCCAUCAAGAAUGCCUACUACCAGCACUACCGCAAGAAGUUGGAAGAUGACCUGCGGGGAGACACUUCUGGGGACUUCCGCCGCCUCCUCAUCUCCAUGUGUGCCUGCAGCAGGGACGAGAACACUUGUGACCCAGCCCUGGCCCCUAACCUGGCACAGCAGCUCUACAAUGCUGGUGUGGGGAAGGUCGGCACAGAUGAGGCUGAAUUCAACCGCAUCCUGUCCACUUACUCGUACCCGAUGCUGCGUAUAGUCUUCGAGGAGUACAAGAAGAUCAAGGGCAAGUCCUUUGGUGAUGCCCUGGACUCUGAGCUCUCUGGUGACCUCAAAAUGGGCAUGAGGGCAGUUUACGACUGCAUCCAGAACCGUGCUGCUUACUUUGCCAAGGAGCUGCAUGACUCCAUGGCCGGGAUGGGCACCAGGGACCGUGCUCUCAUCCGCCUGGUGGUGUCCCGGUGUGAGAUUGACAUGGGCAACAUCAAACAGGAGUACCACAAGAUGUACAGCAAGUCCCUGGAACAUGCCAUUAAGAGUGAUACCUCAGGAGACUACAAGAAAUUGCUCAUCGCACUAGUUGGUGCUUAGCUUACUAGAUAAGUUUUGUCUUGCUUCUUGAUUGCCCUUCCCCCGUCUCGUGUUUUCCUGGCACCAAUGAUUUUUUAACGCCCUGCGAUCUGUUUCGUCACCCAGAAUGACACCUCCGGAGAUCUCAAGAAGCUCCUCAUUGGUAUGGUAGAAGGUUAAGUGUUUUGCUUACCCUUCACUGACACUGCUACGGAGACUCUGCUGUCCUAACACUGCCCUUCAUUCUCCUACUACCAAAACUGGCUUGUGAAAUUGCUUGAUAAAUGUGUGUGUGUUUGUGUGUUUUACCUGAUCACCUAUUACUCACAUUGCAUACAUGGUUGUGCCUACUCUGGGAAGACAUAGACAACUCAUGGCACUGCCCACCACCACAGUGAUAAGAUCCUUACUUGUUAUUAUGCAGGUGAAGGUUUGUAAUCACUAAGGUGCAAAGAUUUUCACUGAUCAUCAAGUAGUUACUGUCUUCCUUGAACAAGAGAAUGAGAUGACUUGUGUGUGAAAGAUUGAAGAUGUAUUCAUUGAUUGCCCUGUACAGUCUCUAAGUUGUCACUGGGAAAGUAUAUUUGUUUCUCAAGAUCAGGUACAUCACACUUCCACUCCCCAAGGUACACACACACACCGCGUAGUGUAGUGGUUAGCACGCUCGACUCACAAUCGAGAGGCCCGGGUUCGAAUCCCAGCGCAGCGAGGCAAAUGAGCAAGCCUCUUAAUGUGUAGCCCCUGUUCACCUAGCAGUAAAUAGGUACAGGAUGUAACUCGAGGGGUUGUGGCCUCGCUUUCCCGGUGUGUGGACUGUGUUGUGGUCUCAGUCCUACCCGAAGAUCGGUCUAUGAGCUCUGAGCUCGCUCCAUAAUGGGGAAGACUGGCUGGGUGACCAGCAGGCAACCGAGGUGAAUUACACACACACACACACACACACACACACACUGGCUGCCAUCGUGUUACCAAAGAUUUGUGAGCAGCAGGUGGUAGUGUUGGUGAUUCUUCUGGUUGGGUCUCAGAAGGCAGUGUGAGGGCCAGCACUGCAUCUUUGGAAGGCAUUGAGUUUUGCAGUCUUGGUCUGGCACAAGUAUAUCUAAUGAAGGACCAGAUGUUCAGGUUUGAGAAUUUUUCAGGUUAUUUUUGCAAUGUUAUGGAUUUUUUUUUUUUUUUUUUUUUUUUUUUUUUUUUUACUACAAUAUUUCAGUAUUUCUUUGAUAUCAGCUAAUCAUUUUUAUUAAUUUGCUAGUGAGGAACUUGAGAGAAAUUAGUUUUCUAAAUAGUAUUAAGUGUUCAUGUACUGUACACAAUGUGUUAUGUGUUGGAGAUGACUUUGUUCAUUUUCAAGAGAAUCAUGAAUCACACGCACAGUGCUGGUGAGUGACCUGAAGAAACACUUUGUCUCUCACAUCAACUCAGGAUUAAAGUUUGUGCUUAUUUCAUUCUCUGAAUAGAUUUCAUCUCCUUGAUUUGUAGUGGCUUGUUGAUGUAGAUUAUGCUAGGACAAAAAACUGCCUUUCAGUGCCACUAAUGUGAUGUGCCUCAGGUGGCAUCAUUCUACAGAGGCUAAGCAUGUUUGCAUCAUUUCUUUGAUAAUGUCCAUCACUUGAAAAAGUCACGCAUGUACAAGCUUACCGUCCAUACAGUGUAAGUAAUGUUCCUUUUCUCUGUGCCUGCAUGUGGUCACUUGGGAUGGUGAAGCUGUAGGUGGGGAGAUUUAAGGUCGGGGGACUGCCUUGUGAUGAGAGAGGGUGCUGAGGUUAAGACAACACAAAAGCCUCACGUAUGGAAGCAUUCCUAUGUCUCUCUUAAACUCUGGUGAACAAAUGAACAUGGAUGACUUCCUUGUAGCCAAGUGUUAUUUUUUCAUAAACAUAAAACACUAAGAUAAUAUUUACAAAAAAUGCUAAUAUUAUAAAUGUUUUUGUGCAUUAUUCUUGUACUGGAUGUUGUUAUUAUUAUUUCAUCAUUUUCUUUCUUCCAAUCAGUAUCUAGAUGUUCUUGUUAAAUAUUUGGAAUUUUUUUCAUAAGUAGCUACAUUGUUUGAUUGUAAGCUAAGUUUGAAAUUACUGUGGCUUCAGAUUUUGCUUUGAAACCUUGUUUACUCUCAGCCACGUAUUGUUGUGUCUGUCAUCCAUGAGAGAUACCUUACAGUUUCAGUCUUAUCAAAGGAGAGAAUGAAUCAGGACCUUGAGAAGAAAUCCAAAACAUCUUAGUGACUUUCUGUAGCAAUGGCUGCCUCACAGAAUACAACUUUUUCUCUUUAUGUAGCUUACUAAAGUUUUAUUUUACCUGAGUUAUUGAUCUAUUGAUUUGUGUUAUGACAUGAAGAUUGUAUGUACUUACUUUUAAUAUGAAAAACAACUGUAAUGCACAAACUUUGAAGAGAUCAUUAUGUAUUCUUACAUAGAUAACUUGAUCAGCUUCCUUCAGUCCUGUGUUGUGUAUGUGUAUUGAAAGAUUUGUCAUAAUAUGAUAUAUAGCCUUAACUUCAUAUGCAAACUGAAUUAUAUUACAAGUAUGUGUGUAAAACUGUAUUGAUCAGUGAUUUUAUAUAUCAGCCAGGUGACUUCUCUCUUUCUACCUGGCUUGUUGUAAAGGUAUGGAUCUGCAUACCAAGGUGGGGUUUUGUAAUCUUUGUGUGUAUAAUCAAUCUCAAUAAUACUGCAUGUACUUAAAGCUCUAUCCUGUCAUUCCUGGAAGGUACUUAUUGCAAAACUAUCCUGUCAUUCCUGGAAAGUACUUAUUGCAGGAGACACGAACAGUGGAAGGUUCGCUUCUUUGGUGUCAAAUUAAAUAUGCCAUUCAACUGAA